AUGGAAGCGGAGAGGUUGAGGGAGAUUGAGAGGAGGAGGCAAGAGGAGGAGGAGGAGAGGGAGAGGAAAAGGGAGAAGGAUAGGGACAGGGAUGUGAAUAUUUCUGGGGAGGAAGCGUGGAGAAGGCGUGCUACCAUGAGUGGAGGUGUUCCAAGGAGUUCUUCGCCACCCAGGAAUGGGGAUGGGUUUAGUAUUAGGACAUCAAGGACGGUAGGGUUGGGAGUUGGUGCUGGUGGACAAAUGACUGCGGCGCAGAGGAUGAUGGCGAAGAUGGGGUGGAAGGAAGGGCAAGGAUUGGGGAAACAUGAGCAAGGGAUUACGACGCCAUUGAUGGUGAAGAAGACUGAUAGGAGAGCUGGGGUUAUAGUGAAUGCUGGUGAGAAGAAGGUGAAGAGUGUGAAUUUCAAUGGAACUCCUCCAACUCGGGUUUUGCUCCUUAGGCAACAGGUGCAAUAG